ACACCCUAAAAUUCCACCCUUGCCCCUCCCUCAUCCCAAAAAAUAUCUUCACAAAUUAAUUCCAUUCUCUCAUACUUUUUUCCAAAUUUUAUUAAGCUAAGUGAACAUGGCAGCUGAAGAACCAAAAAAGGUUGACGAUGUUGUUGUUGUUGAGCCUGAAACUUCGGCAGAACCACCACCACCAGCCGCCGUGGAAGAGAAAGCCAUAGUCCCUGUUGAUCCACCUAUCACUGAACAACCACCAGCUGAAGAUUCCAAAGCUCUUGCCAUUGUUGAAAAACCAAUAGAGGAAAAACCUGCAGUGGGCUCUGUCAACAGAGAUGCUGUUCUUGCUAGAGUUUCAACAGAGAAGAAAAGUGCACUAAUUAAAGCAUGGGAAGAAAGUGAGAAAUCAAAAGCAGAGAACAAAGCUCAACAAAAGCUAGCCACCGUUGGAGCAUGGGAGAAUACCAAGAAAGCUCACAUAGAAGCGGAGCUUAGAAAGAUCGAGGAGAAUUUGGAGAAGAAAAAGGCAAAGUGUAUUGAGAAAUUGAAGAACAAAAUAGCCCUCAUUCACAAAACAGCAGAAGAGAAGAGGGCAAUGGUAGAAGCCAAACGAGGAGAAGAUCUUCUAAAAGCAGAAGAGGUGGCAGCCAAGUGUGUAGCUACUGGAUCCACCCCAAAGAAAGGAUGGUUUUCGAGCUAGAUGCUUGUUUGUUCAUCAGAAUUCAUGUAUGUUUGAUGUUUCAUUUGUAAAGUUUAUUGGUUCCAUAGAUGUGUGGUUAUAUAUGUUUUGAAAUAUUUGUUUAAUGCUUCAUUAAUUAUUUGGUGUGCAUAGUAAUACAAUUAUGUGUAUAUAAACCAUUUGUAAGAGACAGAUAUGUAUGUAAUAUCUAUGUUCCAUGCA